AUGUUCUGGUCCACCGUCCUCGUUGCAGCAAUUCUGCCCCUUGUCCGUGCUGCGGAUGAUGAUGGGCUGGUUUGGUGUGGCGACUCUACAGAAAAUGUCCCCGUCUGUCUCACAAGAGUACCUGACAGCUGCUUCAGUUGUCUUAAUCCCAUUGAGACUGCUUGUGGUAACGCGUACAAAGACGAAGACGCCUACGCUACUUGCCUUUGCACCAUCCCUGGCAAGACGUGGUCCGGCAUUGAGAAGUGUCUGAAUGAUGCCUCCACGGGAUGCUCUGACGCACAAAAGAUGAUUUUCAACGGCUAUGGAGUUGAAUGUGGUGCUGGCCCCAAACGAGAUCAGUUCAAAGCUGCGGUUUGCAACGCAGACAAUCAGAAGAAUGACGCCUUGCUCAAGGCCUUGGCUGAUGACGUCUGCGAUGGAACAAUAACCGGUAGCGUGGUGCUGAAACCAACCUCGACCGUCGCUGCUUCAACCAAUACAGGUAACGGGCCUAUUACCUCGACAGCCACUCCGACCGCUUCCAACACAGGAUCUGGCUCUACUGGCACUACUUCCCAUCCCACUACUACAUCCGGUGCAGUCGUCACGGCGGGUGCUUCUGCAUUGGGCAUUGGAGGGUUGAACAUCGCUGGCGUUCUCAUCGCCGCUGCCAUUGUCAAUGGAUUCUAA